GCUACUUUGGAAGACACCGCACCGAUCCGGUAUCAAAACAAAAAUAUUUGGAAAACUGUACAUAAAAAAGCUGCUAAAUUUUUAGUCCAACAAAAUUCUUUGAUUCCUGUUUGUUAGUCGAGUGUUUGGUAUAACUUUUGCCAUGGAAAUGAAACAGAUUAUCCAAACGGAGGAAACCGACAGCGGCCCCGUCAGGUUGCCGGUUGAUAGCGAAAGCCACACGUUCGACGACUGGACCAUCGCGUACACCAAGUCGCAUAUCCUGAAGAGCGUCUGCACCAACGACAACAAAUGUGUUCAGGGCGAAACCGGCUGCUGUGAGCUGUGCGUGUACAACUACGCGCUGGAUUUGCCCCAUCUGCCGGAUAUGGUGUUCCACAAGAACAUUCUAACGAUAAGUCACAAAAACGGCGCACGGCUGGAGUUCAAUCCGAUGGACGCCCUCAAGCUGGUUCGAAACGAAAAGCUGGACCUAAAGGUGGCCUGUUCCGACGAGUGGAAAGAGAGUCGCUCGUCGGCGGAUACUCAGGAGAAGGUGAAACCAUUCGAUUGGUCGUUCACGACGGAAUACAAGGGCACGGUAAACGAAGGCAUUGCGGUGCAGGUGACCGACCAAAAAAUCGACAUGUUCAAGCUGAUGAAGCGAGAACCGAUUCUGUUCUACCACGAUCUGACGCUGUUCGAAGAUGAACUGCACGAUCAUGGUAUAUCGGUGCUUUCGGUUAAAGUGCGAGUCAUGCCAUCCGGGUUCUACAUCCUGCAGCGCUUCUUCCUGCGCGUGGACCAUGUGCUUAUACGCAUCAACGACACACGCUUCCACUACGAGAAAGGCAACGAUUACAUGUUGAGGGAGUACACCCACCGGGAGGCCAAAAUCGAACAACUGAAACGUGUUCCUCCGGCGCUGUUUACCAGUCCGAACGAAAUUGCCGAGCACUUGCCGGUCGUUUCGAAAAUCACGGAAAAAUUGUCCCUGACGGGGAACGGAUCCGAUGCUGCCGCACCGACUGAGGACAUGUCAUCGUAAAACAAAAACGGAGACGCAUCCUUUUUACACUAUAUGAAUGAGUAGUCAUAAGUUUAUUCUAGCGAAGACCUCGCUCGGACAGCAAAUCAUGUGUGUCGUUUUUAGAAUUGGAUCGUGUAAAAAGAAUCCUUUACUUAAAUGCGAUUUAAAUAGUGAAUGUACCGUUUACUUA